GUAAUAAUAAUAUAGUACAUGUUAUAAUUAUAACAUUAGUUAAUAAUAGCAAAAUAUCUAUAAUAAAGUUUUAAAUGUUUGUUACAGGAAAUAAACCAAAUAAUGAGCUUUGUUGAAAAACUAUUUAAUAAAAAAAAAAUUACAACAUGCGAAUUUAAUUGGGAUUUAUUGAAUGUAAAUUCAGAUCUUUUAGAAAUAGAGGACAAAAACAAAUGCUCCUAUAAAAAAUUAGACUCAUCAGUAAAGACGAUAGCAAAAUCAACAAUACCUUUUUCAAACUCUUUUUCUUAUUUCGAAUUAUUUAUAACAAAUGAUAAUAGAGAAAAUAUAAAUUGCAAAAUUUGUAUUGGGUUAACCAGUCAAGAGCAUCCAAAUGAUAUUUAUCCAGGUUGUUUUGAAGGUAGCUAUGGUUAUAUGGGCGAUGGGAAAUUUUAUUUUGGCGUGAACGAAAUCAAAGAUUAUGGGCCAACUUUUACAAGUGGUGAUGUUAUCGGAUGUGGUUAUGAUUCAAGUUCAAAAUCGUUAUAUUUUACCAAAAAUGGGGAGUAUCUAGGUAUAGCAUAUAAAAAACUAAAUAUCCAUGGUUUAUUUCCAACGGUAGGGUUAGAGUCAGCAGGUGAAUCUAUAGUAAUUAACUCCUUUCCACAAUUUCAAAAUUUUAAUUCCUCCUCAUUACAUACCACACCGACAUCCUCAACUACACCAACAACAGGUGGAUCAAAUCAUCAUGGGAACGAACCGUUAUCUAUUGGUGGUGAGGGAACUUUAGUGGGGGAUGAGGAGGUUAUUUAUUACAUUUGGAAUAAAGGUGAAGAUAAGGUGGCAAAAAAUAUAGUAAUAGAUAGUGAAACAUCACUCACAGCAUAUCUUCCAAAUGAUAUUACCAAUACUAAGGAGUGUGUAGGAAAUAUUAGAUCAAAUUUACCAUUACAGGAAGAUUUUAAUUAUUUUGAAAUUGUUAUAAAUAAUUUGGACAAUGGUGCCCUUUCAAUUGGGCUUGUUAAUCAAGAGUAUCCUACUAAUCAACAUAUUGGCUAUGGCAAAAGAUCUUAUGGUUAUCAUAGCGACGAUGGGACUAAGCACAAAUGGAAAGAGAGCGACAAAGAUGGAGGUUACUUGGUUGAAGUUUAUGGACCUGGCUUUAAGAAAGGUGAUGUUAUUGGUUGCGGAAUUUCAUUUAAAAGAAGAGAAAUAUAUUUUACAAAGAAUGGGGAAUAUCUUGGGACUGCUUUUGAAAAUGUUUAUGGUAUUUUAUAUCCGUCAGUAGCUUUUUACGAACCAGGGACUUCUAUUACAGGGGUAUUCACACAGCCAUUUAAAUAUAACCCAGAAAACAAGAAACUUAGUGGUAAUAAUCCUAAUAAAAGUAGCUGUGAUCAAGUAGAAAGUAACAUUAAAGUAAAUAGUUUUAGUAAUAGCCCAAAAAACGUCUGUGAUAUUAGUUCCCCCAAUUGCCUGGGAUUUACAUCACCUUUAUGUGGUGCUCAGCCUCAAAGCCACUCACCGCCAUCCGCUUGGAGACGAUGCAGUAAAUCAAUAAAAAUGAAAGAUGAAAUUACAUUGGAAACGACGAAAAAAAAAACAUCAGUAGCAAUGUCAAAUUAUCCAUUUCAAUUUUCUAGUAAUGUUACACUAUGUUACUUUGAAGUUUAUUUAGAAGGUCCAACUGAUAGAAAAAAUGGAAUUGUCACCGUAGGUUUAACCCAUUCAACAUAUCCAUUUAGUAAGCAAAUUGGUUUAGAGUCCAAGUCAUUUGGUUAUUGUAGUGACGGUAGAAAGUUUGAUG